AUGACUGCAGACGGCACUAAACGCAAUCCCCUCCCUCACGGAGUCUACGUCCCCACUGUGGCGUUCUUCAAGCCAGACGAAGAGGUCGACCUGCCCACAGUCGAGAAGCACGCCGCUUAUCUCGCCCGCAGCGGCGUGACAGGCCUAGUCACCCAAGGCAGCAAUGGCGAAGCAGUCCAUCUCGACCGCGAUGAGCGAAAGGCCAUCACAGCCGCGACUCGUCGCGCUGUCGACGCAGCUGGUUACCCCAACAUGCCCGUCAUCGCAGGCUGCGGCGCCGCAUCGACCCGCGAAACCAUCCAAUUCUGUCAGGACUCGGGCGCUGCUGGUGCGGAUGCUGUCCUCGUCCUCCCUCCCAGCUACUACAAGGCGCUUGUCAGCACUGAGUCGAUGCACGCGCACUUCCGCGCGGUGGCUGACGCCUCGCCCGUCCCCGUCUUGAUCUACAACUUCCCCGGUGUGCAAUCGGGCCUGGAUCUUAGCUCCGAUGACAUCCUCGCCCUGGCAGAGCAUCCUAACAUUAUUGGAUGUAAGCUCACAUGCGGCAACACGGGCAAGUUGGCUCGUGUGGCUGCCGGGAAGCCCGAGUUCCUUACCUUUGGAGGCUCGGCGGACUUCACCCUCCAGACGCUGGUCGCUGGUGGAGCAGGCAUCAUUGGUGGAGUGGCCAACAUGAUCCCUAGGUCAUGUGUACGGGUGAUGGAACUGUACCGGGCUGGGAAGGUCGCCGAGGCACAGAAGCUGCAGGGUGUUGUUGCUCGUGCAGACUGGGCGGCAAUUCAUGGGGGGUUCAUUGCGGUCAAGAGUGGGUUGCAGUCCUAUCGCGGGUACGGUGGACUCCCCCGACGGCCUUGCGUGGUUCCUUCGGCCAAGGAGGCGGCGGCCAUUCACGAGGAAUUCCGCGAAGGUAUGGAGUUGGAGACAUCCUUGGAGGCUUAA